CUGCAGUCAGAGGAUCAACCAUGAACGCCCUGGCAACUGUUGCGUUUUUCACCGCCUUGGUUGCGGCAGCAUCUGCGGGAGCCGUACUCGGAGGCUAUGGUGGUCUGGGUUACGGUGGCCUCGGCUAUGGGGGUCUCGGCUACGGGGGUCUCGGCUAUGGAGGUCUCGGAUACGGAGGUCUCGGCUACGGAGGUCUGGGCUACGGAGGCCUCGGCUACGGUGGUCUUGGCGUGGGCGGCGUUGGUGUUGGCAGCAGCGUCGCUCUACUCAGUGGAGGUCCAGCCUUCUCCAAGGCAGUGGCAGGGCCCACUUUCCUAGUGAGAAGCGUGCACCACGUCAACAAAAUUCACGGAGGUGGUGCGAUCCUUGCUCACAGUGGGCUUGGUGGAGGCUACGGAGGUCUUGGUUACGGUGGCCUCGGUUAUGGUGGCCUCGGAUACAAGGGAUGAAAUGAGAAUGUGCAAACAAUACAACCGCUUUUGUUACGAGUACGUCCAUAUACCAAAACAAUGUACAGUCUGGGAUACCUGCCAAC